UCAUGGGAUCAUGUUGAUUGUGUUAUUAUAAAAUUGUUUACAUUUAAGCACAUUUUAACUCACAAUUGCAUAAACAAUUGGACAUAUGAAUCAACAAUUAGCAACAUACAAUGCCAUGUUUUGUUGGAAAGCUAGAUUAGGAAACAAACUAAGCAGAGGAGUGAUGCUGAGAAGAGAUUUUUCUUCCUUCUUCUUUUUAGAAUUAGGUAACGUGGUUACGAAAAAAAAAGAUUUGUCUUCAGCUGGUGUUGAAAUGUUGGUUUCAGAAGUUUAGUAAUUUAAAGUGUAGAGCUGUAGAGCAAAGCAGUGCAGCUUUAACAAACAUACCGUUAACACAGCAUCAUAAUGACAGACUCAGCAAUACCUGAAGCUGUUUAUGAAAACUUCAAUACCGAAGGACAUCUUUAUCUGAAGACACUUGCACAGAAACACCAGCCACCUCAAAUCACAGGAAGCGUCUCGGUGAAAAGCAGAAAGCAGAGAGCAGUUGAAGUGUGUGUGUGUUUGCUGUGUGCUCUUCUGCUGACGGCUGUUAUAGUGCUCUGUGUGUUUUUCAUCAUCCAGAGAAAACACUUACUAACACACAUCUCUAAACUCAUCGAAGAACAAGAGGAGAUACUAACCAACAUCACUAAACUCAAUGAGGAAAGAGAGGAGACGAUAACCAACAUCACUAACCUCAUUGAAGAAAGACAGCAGAUAAAAAACAAGAUUGAUGAACUCCAGCUUGGCUUUUAUGAGCAAGAUCAGCUCUCUGACAACUUUAAGUGGAUUUACUACAACUUCAGUUUCUAUUAUAUUUCAUCUGAAAAGAAGAGCUGGGAGGACAGCAGACGAGACUGUCAACAGAGAAAUGCAGAUCUGGCCAUCAUAAAGAGCCCAGAGGAAAAAAAGUGUUUACUAAAGGUCGCAGCUUCAGAUUUUUAUUGGAUUGGUCUGACAAAGAAACAUUAUAGACAGUGGAAUUGGGUCGAUGGCAGUUUAUUGACCGAUUGGUACUUCAAUCGGCACAGUCAUUAUUACUGUGCUAUGAUCACUUCAGCAGGGUGGAGAGAAAAGUCAUGUGCAAAUUUAAACAAAUGGAUCUGCAAGAGAACAGUUUUAAAAAUUACUCAUUAAAUAAAAGAAUACAUGUGAAAAAAAUUAGUGUAGUAAACCCGAAACGGCAGUUGCUUUGUAAUUGUAAUCCCACCACUGUACAGAACAAGUUAUUUGGCACUGUAAUAUCUUUCUGGCAGCUAAAUAUGAAAAUAUAAGUGUUAUCAUGUAGGAAACAAUUCCAACUUUUUGAAAAUCUUUUGAAGCCUUGCCUUAAAGAAUCAUGUAAAUGUUUUGUGUAAAUUUUAAUUUGUUAUAUUUUAUGUGUGUCUAAUUUUGAAUCUGGAACUUUUUGUGCUGCCAUUUUGGCAAGGACCCCCUGGUUGAAGAGAUGCAUAUCUCAAUGAGAAAUUCCUGGUAAAAUAAUAACAAUAAUAACAAUAACAACAAUAAAUAAAUAAAUAAAUAAAUAAAUGUGAACCUUCUGAGCACAAAUUGAGAUAUUUUUAGUGACAUUCAAGAUUUUCAUGAAAAAAUUAUAUUGUGUAUGGGUUAAAAUAUUCUCUUAUUAUAGUUUUUUAAUUGAGAUUUAAGAUUAUAAUUUAUUAAUUCAUUUUAGAAUAAGAAAUAAUACAUUUUUUAAUUAAAAAUGAGCUAUUUUAGAACAAAACAUUGCUUUUUUUAAGCACCCUGCCCUGCAAGUGUAAUGGCGAGGAUGUAACCAAUGGAUUACAUGACGAUUUGGAAGAUGAAUUGAUUCAUUAUUAGGUAAUACCUGUUGAUGCUUAUUGUGCAGAAAUCACAGACUCACAGAUAGAAAUCUUUGCCGGACUACAUUUCAUCAUACCACAAAUAAUCUGACUACAUAUUAUUGGACACUGUGAAGAAAUAUAAUUUGCAAAUAAAACAAGGAUUAUUACAUUUAAA